UCUUCCCUUCCUCGAAAUUAUAUCUCCCAAUUUCUCCCAUUUUUUUUCUAAUAAAAAUUACUUCUCCCUUCACUCACAUUUCUCUUAGAAAAAGAAAAUAAAAAAGCAAAUCGGCGUCCAUCUCUUGCGUCUGACCAGUCUCCGGCGAUCUGUCCUUCUUCUCCGGCGAUCACUCUAUUCAUUCCAAAUUUUAUCUUGAAUUCAAAUUGUUUAAGCUUUUUUUUUGUGAUUGAAUUAUUUGGAAGAAUGUUGAGAUCCAUGAAGAUUUUUUGCAGGGAAAAGUAUAUUCUUUUUGAACAGAUGGUGUUAUUCUAUAUACAUGUGGGAUUCAUAUAGAAGUUAGGCUUUUAAGUGUAGGUUUUUUCUUUGGAAAAUCCCAUCUAUGUGGUUUUGUUCAGAGAGUUCGGAUGGAUGUAUGCAAACCAGAGCAACGAUUACACAAGCUUGCUGCUGCGGAUUCCACAAGACCACCCCUUGUUUCUGCUGAAAAGAACAAUGGGCCACUCACUACCAGACAUUCUCGAACUAGGGAAGUUAGUUCGAGGCAUAAAUCACCCACUCCUUCAACACCUUCUGGUCCUAGGCGUUGUCCAUCUCCAACCCCAAGUAGAACAACCCCUGCACCUUCCCCAGGGUUGCAAAAGAGAGCUGUAUCGGCUGAGAGGAAACGUCCCACAACACCACCUCCAUUUCAAAUUACCUCUACUCCAGUUCAUGAUUCAUCAACAGCUGCGCCAAUAUCCUCUAGAAGGCUAUCAACUGGACGUAUACCAGACAGUUUAUGGCCUUCUACCAUGAGAAAUCUUAGUGUUCCGUUUCAGUCUGAUACUCUUUCUCCUGUUAGCAAAAAGGAAAAAGAAAAGCCGGUUAGUAAUGUUUCCUUGGAUCGCACUUUGAGACCUUCUUCAAAUGUGACUCAUAUACAACAAUCGGAGACCUCUCCUAGUCCAGAGAGAAAGGGAAGUCAUCUUGAAGGGAAAAAUGCAUCUGAUCAGUCUGAAAAUGCAAAACCUGUUGAUGGUUUGCCUAGUCGAUUAAUAGAUCAUCAUCGAUGGCCUGGUAGAAUUGGUGGGAAAUUAUCUUCCAAUUCACAGAACAAAAGUGUGGACCAGGGGGGUAAAAUUGUAAAAAAUUUAUCCACACCGAAUCUAGAAUUAGUAUCUUCACUGAAGAGAAUGCCAGUGUCUGAUAGUUCAGGUAAACCUCUGCUGAAAUCUUCUAAUGAUGCUGGAAGGCUAAUAUCAAUUGAUGACAUUGGUCGAGUAGGGUUUGAGGCAACUUCAAUUGAUGAUAAGCCUCGACGGGCAUCUUUUCCUGCCAGCAUCCUUUCUGCUAGUUCAGUGGACAAAAUCAAAUUAACAACUUCAGGAUCACAAUCUCAGUCACCUCGUAAGACCUCUGUUUCUAGGGGAAUCAGUCCACAUCGACCAAGACCUUCCACUAAAACUGCAAGAGGAGCCAGUCUUACUUCAAGGGGAGUCAGUCCAACUCCAACUGUAAGAGAAUCCAGUCCAACUCCAACUGCAAGAGGAUCCAGUCAUACUUCAAGGGGACUCAGUCCAACUCCAACUGCAAGAGAAGUCAGUAGUACUUCAAGGGGAGUCAGUCCAACUCCAACUGCAAGAGGAGCCGGUCAUACUUCAAGGGGAGUCAGUCCAACUCCAACUGCAAGAGGAGCCAGUCCAACUCCAACUGCAAGAGGAGCCAGUCAUACUUCAAGGGGAGUCAGUCCAACUCCAAGGGUAGUCAGUCCAACUACGAGUGGGACAUCCACCACAUCAAGUCUAUCCUAUAGCUCAACAUCAGUUAUCAAUUCAACUCCAAGGGUUGUCAGUCCAACUCGGAUGAGGACAUCCACCUCAUCCAAUCAAUCCCAUAGCUCAACAUCCACCUCUUUCAGUCAAUCCCAUAACUCAACUUCAAUUCUCAGUUCAACUCCAAUAGUAGUCAGUCCUACUCGGAUGAGGGCAUCCAGCUCAGAAAGUCAAUCCCAUAGCUCAACUACAAAGUUAGUUACUCCACCUCAAAUGAGGACAUCUACCUCAUCUAGUCAAUCCCAUAGCUCAACUUCAAUUCCCAGUUCAACUCCAAAAGUAGUUAGUCCAAUUCGGGUGAGGACAUCCACCUCAUCAAGUCAAUCCCAUAGCUCAACUUCAGUCCUCAGCUCAACUCCAAGAGUACUUAGUCCAACUCGGACGAGGACAUCCACCUCAUUAAGAAAAACCCAUAGUCGAUCCCAUAGCUCAUCUUCAGUUCUCGGUUCAAAUUCAAGAGGUUUCAGUCCAACUCCAAGGGUAGUCAGUCCUACUCGGAUGAGAGCAUCCACCUCAUCGAGUCAGUUCCAUAGCUCAACUUCAGGUUUUAGUUCAACUUCAAGAGGUGUCAGUCCAACUCCAAGGGUAGUCAGUCCUACUCGGAUGAGGACAUCCACCUCAUCGAGUCAAUCCCAUAGCUCAAUGUCAGUUCUCAGUUUUGUCACAGAUUGUAAGAAGGGAAGAAAAGGUGUCAACUCAAUAGAGGAUGCUCAUCAACUGCGUCUUCUUUACAAUCGCUAUCUGCAGUGGCGUUUUGCUAAUGCCCAUGCAGAAGCUGUAUUCGAUAUUCAGAAAGUAAAUUCAGAGGAAACUUUAUACAAUGUAUGGAAUGAUACUUGGGAUCUCUGCAACACUUUGAUCAAGGAAAAGAUCAAUAUCCAACGGUUGAAGUUAGAGCUCAAGCUGAACUCUGUUUUGAAUCAUCAAAUGGCAUACCUCGAUGACUGGGCAUUACUUGAGAGAGAUCAUUUAAGUUCCUUAGCUGGAGCAGAAGAAGAUCUAGAGGCAAGCACCCUCCGUAUUCCCAUAACUGGUGGGGCAAAGGCAGAUAUUGAAUCAUUGAAAUAUGCUAUUUGCUCUGCUGUUGACGUGAUGCAGGCUAUGGGAUCCUCCAUUUGUUCUUUACUCCCAAAGGUGGAAGGGGUAAACUAUAGGGUUUCUGAGCUUGCUGCAAUUGGUGCACAAGAGAAAAACAUGCUCGACCAAUGCGAAGCGCUGUUGUCUUCAACAGCAGCUAUGCAAUUGGAAGAAUGCAGCCUCAUGGCUCAUCUAACGCAAACAAAACAACCUUUGAAGAAGAGUAAGCAGCCAACCAGGGCAGCCAAAGCAUUUCCGUGGCCGUGACCGGCCGCUAAUGCCGAUAUUAUCAUAUCGGAUACUACAAUGGCGAGGACGACCCUCCCAACUGGAGAUUAUUAUUGACCGACUAAUUCAGAUUAUGUACUACAAUGGCGAAGGCGACCCUUCUAACCCAGUUUGUUCAAUUCACAAACGCUAUGAUUCGAACCCCUGACAUUACUUAAGGAAUCUAGUGCCUACUACUAGACCAACUGGAGGUUGGUUUAUUACAA